AGACGACGAUACUGCUUUGCAAACAGUUUCGUUACUUACAAAUUGAAGAAAAAUGGCAUCACCACCACCACCAAUACAACCAAAUUCAGUGGAUUUCUUAAAUCGCCUGAUUGGACAUAUUGCUGUAGUAAAAACUGUGGAUCAUAACCAUUACGUUGGCCUCAUAACUAAUGUGGAUCCGGAGAACAUAACAAUGACUAAUAGCAGACUCCGUACAGGAGACGACUACGUAUACAGUGGAGACAUAAUUAUAUCGCUCGAUAACAUUCUCGAUACGGGGGUUGUCUACAGGCAUAACCCGAGGAAUAUCCAAGUAAAUGAAGAAAAUACCGGUGCAACAGAAGAUUCAGCAUGGCAAGAAUCAUUACUACAAAAUAUUGACUCGACAACCACUUUGAUUAUAAAACAUCCGAUAACUAGUCCUAGAAGCAGUCUGAAUAUACUCUUCGACCCUAAUUCUUCCGAUGUAACCGGAGACACAACUGAACUUGGCCUAAGAAAUUCACUAAGUGGACCAACGAUCCUCAGUGACGAUCUAUAUAUAUUUCGAAUUAGUUCACCAGCUUCUGGGGCUCUUUCCGGAGAUGUUUCUGAUUUAUCCGGAUAUCAAUUAUUCCCACUGCCCAGGGAUAUCAGUUAUAGCAAUUGUCCCACGUAUUCAAGUGUCAGUUUGAUCUUUCGAAAUAUUCAAUUGUCCACUGCUCCGGAAACUACUGUGAGUCCUGCACCAGGUCCAAGUAAGACUCGUGGACCAGGUCCAAGUACGACUCGUGGACCAGGUCCACAUACGAGUCAAGAACCACGUCGAAGUAUAAGUCCUGAACCACGUCCAAGCACGAGUCCUGAACCACGUCCAAGUACGAAGCGUGAAUCACUUCCAAGUACGAGUCAUGAACCAAGUCCAAGUAUGAGACGCGAACCAGGUCUAAGCAUGAUUCGUAAACCAGAUCCAAGUACGAGUCGUGAACCAUGUGCAAGUACGAGUCGUGAAUCACGUCCAAGUACGAGUCCUGAAACACGUCCAAGUACGAAGCGUGAAUCACUUCCAAGAACGUGUCACGAACCACGUCCAAGUAUGAGACGUGAACCAGCUCCAAAUACGAGUCGUAAAUCAGGUUCAAGUACGAGUCGUGAACCAGAUCCAAGUAUGUGUCGUAAACCAGGUCUGAUUACGUGUUUCAAACCAGGUCCAAGUACGAGUCGUAAACCAGGUCCAAGUACGACUCGUAAACCAGGUCUAAGUACGAGUUUCAAACUAGAUCCAAGUUCGAGUCGUGAUCUAGAUCAAAGUACGAGUCGUGAAUUAGAUCAAAGUAGAUCUAGUCGUGAAUCACGUCCAAGUACGAGGCGUAAAUCACUUCCAAGUAAGAGUCGUGUACCACGUCCAAGUAUGAAUCGUGAACCAGGUCCAAGUACGAGUCGUAAACCAGUACCAAGUACGAGUCGUAAACCAGGUCCAUGUACGAGUACUGAACCACGUCGAAGUACGAUUCGUGAACCACGUGCAAGUUUGAAUCGUAAUUCAGGUCCAAGUACUAGUCGUGAACCAGGUCCAAGUACGAGUCGUGAACCACAUGCAAGUACGAGUCGUGAAACACGUGCAAGUAAGGAUAGUCGUGAAACACGUGCAAAUAAGGAUAGUCGUGAAACAGGUCCAAGUAUGAGUCGUGAACCACGCCCAAGUACAAGUCGUGAAACACGUGCAAGUAAGAGUAGUCGUGAAACAGGUCCAAGUACGAGUCGUGAACCACGUCCAAGUACUAGUCGUGAACCACGUCCAAAUACGAGUCGUAUACCACGUCCAAGUAAGGCUCGAAAACCUCGACCAAGGGAUAAUAAUGAUCCACGUUCAAGUGCAGAUUCUGAACCAGAUUCGAGCACAGAAAAUAAUGAUAGAUAUUUUUUAUAAGAUUACUAGUUGAGACUUGAGAAUAACUCAGUCAGUUCUGUUUGUUUUAUCAUUUCUCUAGUUUACCAUACUUAAUAUUAGUUAGUAACAGAUAUAUUCUGCUUGGUAAGAAUCAUUGACACUAUUCAUGAUAAU